AUGAAGCGACGUUUCCUAAAUAAUGCUAGUGCACUCAUGAGAGAGGGCUUCGAACAGAACUUGAAGUCACCGAGGGGAUUCACGAUCAUGUCUGUAAAUGGACCUAAAUUGGUCUUGUCACCGGAUUAUGCAGACGAGCUCAAGAAUGACGCGCGUUUUUCUUUGGAGGAUGCUGGACUGAGGGACUAUCCACGCAGUAUUGACUGCUUGAAGCCUAUAAGUGGUGGAAAUUUACAGGUACUACGGGGAUGCAUCGCAAAGAUUACAAGAAACCUCGGUAUCGCCUGGACUGUGUAA